AUGAUCUGCCCCAAGUGCGUGCCUGGCAAAUCAGAGCGCCUGCUCAACGCGAACAAGUCCCUCGGCCGCGAAGCCAAUAUCGAAGGCAUCGUGUCCGUCACGACGACCCUCCUCGACACCGCUUCUGAGGUUACCUUGGUGACAUCCGGUGUCAUGAAGUCCCUGGAGCGAGCCGCUGUGGAAGUCACGAUGAUUUCGCCGGAGCCAUCCGUGAUCCAGCCGUAUGGUCAAGCACCUACCCUCAAGGGCGACGGCCAAGUGCAGUUCAAGUUGGUCACCCUGGACACACCCUGUGGACCUUUGUCCCUGCGUGGACUCAAGGCCUGGGUGGACACUUCGCCCAACGCGGCACAGCUCCUGAGCAGCCGGGAGAUGAUGCAAUGGCUGGGCUUCUCUGAAGUUGAUUUGCUCAGCCACGCAUUUGCCAAUCAAGAAGGCUGGGAUGUCAUCGACGUGGACAAGCCGCCUGCAAAUGUCAGCCGCAUGACUCAAGGGCCGCCUCAAGCGACGAGUGCGGUGAUGACGGGAUUGCGGGGUCACCACCAACAUCCAAGCCUCAUCUGCAGAAGACGCAGAAGGCGGGCGAAACAGGCAACGAGCAGUGGUUGA